AUGAAUCCCGCCACUCCAAUCGCGCAUGGGGUUCGGAGAGGGUUCGGAGGCAGCGCGAUCCAUCCUCUCCGGCCAUUGGCGUUGUCUCCCCAAGCCUCUUCGCAUACUUCCUUCCAUCCACACCCAUCACAACGCGCCCAAAGGCAUAAGAGCAGCACGACAUGCGGAAAAGGCAGUGAGCUCAAUGCCAAAGCUUCAACCGCUACAAAUGAAGCAUCCAUAUCUCUCUCAGAUCAGGUCCGCCUCCUCAUGCGCCGAGUCCCAUAUCCUGUCGCAAUCAUCACAGCAACCGACCCCUCGGGACCCCAAGAGACGUCCUUCCGCGGCAUGACAGUGUCGUCCUUCAGCACCGUGACACUAACACCGCACCCGGUGAUAUCAUUUAAUGUGCGCCGUCCAUCGGAAACAUUGACCGCACUCCUUGCAUCUCGCCGCUUCCUCGUCCACCUGCUAGCUCCUAGUCCGGCGACUGCGACUUUGGCACGGGACUUCUCAAAGGGGAAUGCCACUUUGUCUGCCAUGUUGAAGGGACAUGGGGAGUUUGAGUUCGCAGCUUUGGAUGCUGGCAACGAAACCAGACCUCUUCCUAUUCUGAGGCGGAAGGGGUCCGAUGGCAUCCCAAGUGGGGACUUUUCUUUUGUGUUUGAAUGUACGCUGCACCCCGAAAAGAUCGAUGUUCACGAUCAUUCUAUUAUACUUGGGAGCGUGGUUAAGACGAUUGAGGGACCUGGGUCUCCAAACCAGGACAAUCGGGUGGACGAGCAUUCUCCGGAUCGGCUUUGUUUGACAUAUGCCAACACAAAGUUCUGGAAAAUGGGUGACCAGAUCUGA